AAGCGCAUCAUCGAGUAGUUAACCCUCGAAAGGACCAACGUGAACAGCAUGGAUUUCAUUCAACUAUUGCGCAGAUGUAGAGUCGUAGGGACCGAGUGGGGGUUUCAAAUGUUCGAAUUCUACCUGGUAGCCAUCGCUACCCCACAAUGAAAGGCCAAGGCCUCACCUCCGAGAACUCCGCAACUUGACACUCCACACACCACAACACCCCAACCCUCGAUGGAGAUCAAGAACCCACGGCGCAUUCUUGCUGUAGGAGCGCCGGACUCAAGUGUCCUACACUUACUCAAAGAGCUCACGGGUUCCGCUCCAGAACCAACAUCAGAUACAACCGCCGGCCUCACGCACGACUGGCUCCUCGAAACAAAAUACUACACUGCCACGCUCCCAAUCUGGGUCGACGAGAUCUCCAACAUCACCGAAUGGCGCACCGAGUUCACCAAACCUGAAGCUCGCGAAGUCGUCACCGUACUCGGGGCCUGGAUAUACUGUUUCAAGAAGCCUGUUGAACAAAAGGAUGUGGAUACGAUAAAAGAGACCAUGCGGGCGGUUGCCGAUGCAAUAGAACGUGCGUGCGGCUUUGGUGGCGACAUGGUGUGCGUUGCGGUUGCAAUGCCGCAGUCCAUAACACCGUACCUCGAGAAGACAGUGGAAGAGUGGGAUGACACAUGCAUGGAUUAUGGAUUCGAGUACGUCGACUUUGAGGCCAAGGGCAAGAAUGAGUUUGGUGAGGCGAUCGGAGUACAGAGAGUCAGAGAAGCGCUGGAGGCUUGUGACUGGGAGAGUGGUGCCGACUUGGACUUUGGCGAGGAUGAUGAGGGGUUUGAGGGGAGCUUUGCAGCAGAAGAGGCGGAAAUGAAUAUGGAGUUGUUUGGGAUGAAGGGUGCGUUGCAUGGAGAGGACGCUGAGGGGAAAGAGGGCGAGGAUUUGGAGGUGGAGGAAUUAGAGAUCAUGAUGCGGAAAAUGGUUGCUAUCAAAGAAAUGGGCGAAGGUAUGGAAGAAGCAGAGCGGAAACGCUUCGCUGCCAAGGCAGUCAACGACCUGCUGAAGGACCUGUGAUCGCGCCACACCUCUGAGGCUA